AUGAAAGACGACCAUGCGGCAGAACUCUCCAACAGCCCUCCGCCUGUCCGCCCGCAUGGCUUCGCGCGGACCUUCUGCGACCUCCACUGCAUCCGAGAUGCCGUACGCAAAGGAGACGACGCGAUCCUGCGCGCCCUGGAGGAGGCAGUCGAAAUUGUGGGCAAGAACACCCAGAUCCUCCUGGAGCAUUAUGUGGGGGAGAAGUCUGGCGUGUCCCUGGCUGAGCAGGCCGCGGCGCUGCGCCGGGGCGUUGCGGCGCAACUCUCGGAGGUGCUCCAGGUGGCCCAGGAGGCUCCCCUGGAGCCUCGGGCAUCCCUGGCUGCCCAGCGCGCCGUGAGCUCCUUCGCGGGACGCUGGCGCAUUCACCCUGCCGGUGUGAACGCCUCGCUGCGGAUGCUUUCGGAUGACGUCUCCACCUUGCACUCGGCAGUGAUGGCCGUCUCUGGCCGAAAGUUGUCGAUGGUGGAGGAAGUGCAGCAAGGAUCUGUGCGCAUGGCGGCGUCCAUGAAUGACUUCCUGAAGGCCAAAGCCCACGUCCUGGGCCUUUACCACGAGACGGCUGGCAAGGGGAAGCGGGUGCAGCGGUGGCUGAAGAACCAUUUCGAGAGGAAGCUCUCGCUGAUGACCGAAUUCCAGGAGGCCCGCGUGGGGCAGGCACUGGAGACCUUCGAUUCCAUGUGGUGGGGCAUCCGGAGGAAGCUGGAUGGGUACCUUGAAGCAGCUGGCGAGCACACGCAGGCCACCCGGCGCGCUGUGGAUGCCUUGCGAGGGUAUACCUCCCAGUGCCGCGUCAACUUCGACCAGCUGAAGGCUGCUUACGCGGCCUCGGCCCGUGCGGAAAGGAAUGCCCACGAAGUUCUCAAGAAGACUUGGUCUGAGGUAACUUUCCAGGUCGGGCUGCUGGCAUCGAGAGUGGUCGAUGGCGGCUUGCUGGACCAGCUCGCCUUGGCGGACGUGAAGGCAGCGCAGGUGAUUGAUGCCAGCCGGAACGAGAUCGACGCGUUCUGCACCAGUGACGGACCAGCCGCCCUCAAGCACAUUCGGGCUCACCUGGACAAGGUGACGGACGAAGGAUUCUUGGGGCAAACGCAGCGGCAGAUUGGCAUCCUCCUCGGCGAGAUGGAGAUGCUGCAACAUCGCUUCAGUGCAGCUGGGCUGGGUGGUGCACCGCACGCGGAGGUUGCGCGUGAGGCGGCCGUUCGCCUGGAGACGGCCGUGUCAGGGGCGCGGUCCGGCGCGAACCAUCUGGCCAAACAAAUGGCGGAGCAUUGGCAGCACCAGCUGUGUGGCAGGGUCAGCCGGCUCUUUCGCUGGCUGUGGUAG